GACAGCGGCACCUCCAGCAUGGCUUACAAGCUGAUCGUCCUCGCCGCCGUGGCGGCCGUGGCACACGCCGGGUACCUGGGCGCGCCCGCUAUCGUCGCUCCCGGUGCCGCCUUCGCCGCGCCCGCCUACGCUGCCCCCACCAUCGACGCCGCCCCCAUCAGCAGCUACGGCCCGGCCAUUGCCGCUGCCCCAGUUGGCAGCUACGCCCCCGCCUUUGUCGCCGCCCCCGUCGCCAGGUUCGCCCAGGCCGUCGCUGCUGCCCCCUCCGUCAGAGCUGCCCCCGCCCCCGUCGCCGCCGCCCCGCCUGCUACCGUCGCCACAGAGUACGACCCCAAUCCCCAGUACAGCUACGGCUACAGCGUGUCUGACUCUAUCACCGGUGACUCCAAGAACCAACAGGAGACCCGCAACGGCGACGUCGUCCAGGGCAGCUACAGCCUGGCCGAGCCGGACGGCUCCAUCCGCACCGUCGACUACACCGCCGAUCCCGUCAACGGCUUCAACGCCGUCGUGCACCGCCAGCCGGGCACCCACCCCGCCCCCGCAGUGUCCGCCGCUCCUUCCGCCAGGGCCUACGGCCCUGUUCUGUCCUAUGGCAAGGUUAUUCUAAGCUAA